GUUCUGAUCGUGAGCUAAAUAUAGAUGCGACGCGUACGACCACGGCCAAGUCAUCUUUGCAUUUUUCGAGCUCUCUACUGUAUGCAGAUGCGAUCCAAUCGCUCGGAGGAGGACGUGUAAUCACCGAGUCGGUUCGUGCCGAGCGAGUUUUAGACUUGGAGGACGAGACACACGCGGAUCCGAGUUGGCCAAUGGGAAUGCCGAGCUUAGUCAUCGCACGUAAGCCCAUUCAGGCGCGACCUGUAAAUCCCUCAUCUCACUGUCGCACUCCUUUCUCCUCACCCAUGUCGUCGUCUCCGCCUGCUGAGGCGACCGUGAACGAUGAAUACGCAAAGAGGGGCGUGUUGGGCAAGAUAUGGCAUCCACGACCCAAGCCGCCCGGCUUUGCAGAAGGAAAAGUCAUCCCAGAAGUCUCUGCCUCUCGUCCACUUGAAGUUGCAGACCUUUGGGAGUUGGACGAUGCUCGUCGGUCAGAUCAUAUCUCUCCCAUUCUCGAACACAACUUUUACGUGCGGUGUCCUCCUGAAAAACGGCCCCGCCAUCUCCAAGAACAAGACGUCUUUACGCCGGGCAAGGAAAAGGAAAAGCAACCCGACCUAUCCGCUCCUAAUGGAGAUGAGGGGGAUGUGGAGGCGCAGAAACCGUUAACCAAGGAAGAGGAGAAGAGGAGAAAGAAGAUGUAUGACGAGUCUCUUGUGUGGGCCCUCGAAAAGACGUUUCGGUACAAUUUCUGGAUGGGUGGUAUCUUACAGUUGAUUGGAGAGGCUUACUUGCACGCUCGAUAUCCCGUUCUCUACCCCAAAGGUCCUUCUAUCGGAAAGGGAAUCGGUCUCGCCAUCGGUCUAUUCGCCAUGCAGG